AUCGAACCGGUUUCUGCCCUUCUAACUAACACAUAGAUGAUGAUACUACUCCGCUAUGGCGCCAUCACACUUACCUUAUCAGCGGAACUUUGGUUGUGUGGAGUACCUCAUCAGGCUCGAUUCCCGGCUAUAUAUGAAGCAGUCAUCCUACUAGGAAUUUACGGAUAAUGCUACUAUGAUUAUUUACGACAAACAUAGCAGUCACUAUGGCCGAUAGCGAUCGGGAUGAGAAGCACGUCGCCGUGGACGAGAGCUCCCAAGCUAGCGAAACCGUCGUACGGAGACGGCUUCUGAGGAAGACCGACUUUCUCGUUUUACCCGGACUAUGCAUCGCCUACUUUACCAACACACUCGACCGCGCGAACCUGGGAAAUGCAAAGACAGACGGUCUGGAGAAAGACCUUGGUCUAAUUGGCAACCAGUACUCACUUCUGCUUGUCCUCUUCUAUAUUCCCUACGCACUAUUUAACGUGCCAUGGACCCUUGCCGCCAAACGGUUCAACCCGAGCUUGAUCAUUUCGCUCGCCAUUGGCGUUUGGGGAAUCUGUACGAUGGCAUCAACAGCGGCCACCAAUUUCGGCGGCAUCAUGGCCACGCGCAUUGUCAUGGGCGCAGCAGAGGCUGCCUAUAAGCCCUGCGAGGUCUACUACCUGACCCUGUUUUACACGCGCAGGGAGAUUGGCGUUCGGGUGUCCAUCAUCGGCCAGAUGGGUUUUAUCGCUGGUGCAGUCAGCGGACUCAUCUCCUGGAGUGUAUUUCGUUGGACCGGUGGUUUGCAUGGCUGGCAAUAUCUUUUCCUGAUUGAAGGGUCCAUAACCGUAGCCGGCGCAAUCGUACUUUUCCUCUUUGCUCCUCAGGGAGUACAGAAAAGUAAAUGGUACUCCCAAAAUGAGAAAGAUUUGGCCAGACAGCGUCUUGCUGAGGAUACGGAAGAGCGGGACGACCAUUUCCGAUGGAACGAUGCAAAGGCACAACUGCUACAUUGGCCGACUUGGGCAUUUGCAUUCCUCGCCCUGAUGUAUGGUGUUGGGGUCGCAAGUAGCUCGAACUUCCUGCCUACCCUCAUCAAACGUCUCACCAAAGACACAGUCAAAGCCAACCUCUACACCAUCGGCCCGAAUCUUGUGGCCUCCGUUGUCCAAAUCUCAGCGACAUGGGCAUCCGACCGUUUACAACAACGCGCCUUAAUCGCAUCCAGCACCAUCAUCGUCUCAUUACUUGGCUGGAUCCUUCUCGGGACCCUCGACCUGAACUCCAAUCCCGGUGUCGGUUACUUCCUGACCUUCCUAAUCACCGGUUUCACUUUCAUUCCCAGCAAUAUCGUCCCUGUGUGGUUAGCCUCCAACGUCCCCACAACAACCGGUCGAGCUGUUUCGCUGGGUCUGAAUUACAUGGCUAUGAACAUUGCCGGGAUUUUUUCCUCAGUAGCAUUCCGCGCACAAGACGCGCCUGUAUAUGUGCCUGCAUUGAUUAUCUGCGGUGUCACCCAGGGUGUGUUCGCGUUGGCGUCUCUAGCUCUGAGGCAAUAUUAUGUCGGCUUGAACAAGAAGCUGGACAGUGGAAAGAUGUCUUAUGCCCCUGGCAUGGAAGGACGACCGGAUUACCGGUAUGCUAUCUGAUGAAAGAGAAAGCAACAUUGGAAAUUUGAAAAAUAUUGUAUAAUGACC